ACCCAAGCUUGAAGACUUCUUUCCCUCCCUGUCUCUCUCUAGCCCUCCCUCCCACCGCAUUUCCCCUAUAUUCCUCUCCCUGCCCGCACCCCGCCUAGAACCGUAACCAUCUUCUCUCUCUACCCUCAGUUCAUUUCAAGGAAGUCAACUUCGGGGGUAGAACAAACCACCAGAGCUCUCUUUACCUGAUCUAUCCAGCCCCAUUCAAUAGUCUGCUCUCAUGGCUGUUUGAGGAAAUAUGAAGGUCUGAUUCAAGUUAGCAUGUUCACUUGCCUGUGUUGCUGUACCCCUCAAGCAUGACCUUCAUCGUCUAAUUCACUGUAUGGAGGCCACUUGAGUUUGGUUUUUAACAAUUCUAUAAUGGAGUGCAAUAAAGAAGAGGCUGUCAGAGCGAAAUUAAUUGCGGAGCAGAAGAUGCAAAAUAAAGACUUUUUGGGGGCACGGAAGAUUGCACUUAAGGCUCAACAACUCUAUCCGGAUUUGGAAAACAUCUCACAAAUGAUAACCGUUUGUGAUGUACACUGCUCUGCUGAGAAAAAGGUUUAUGGGAACGAAAUGGACUGGUAUGGUAUCCUCAAAAUUGAUUCUACUGCAGAUGAGGCGUCAAUUAAGAAACAAUACAGGAAGUUUGCCCUCUUGCUUCAUCCCGAUAAGAAUCAUUUUGGCGGCGCGACAGAUGCCUUUAAAUUGAUUGGGGAAGCUCAGAGGGUACUUUUGGACAGUGAGAAACGCAGGUUACAUGACAGCAAAUGUAGAGCUUCAAGACCGGGGGCAGUACCAAAUUGGGCCUCACAACAGGCAAGCACUCACUCACACGGCCGGAAACAGCCUUGGGUGCAUAACCAUCCUAUGAACAAGCCUACUCCACCUUUCACAAGCUUCAACCCACAAACGCAGCAGACACAAGGGCAGACGUUUUGGACAAUGUGUCCUUACUGUUAUGUAAAGUACCAGUAUUAUAGGAACGUGGUCAACAAACUUCUUGAUUGUCAAAAAUGCAAAAAGCACUUUACUGGCUAUGAGAUUAAGGACCAAUCUACACCUAUGCCACCAGGAACCAACUCCACUCGCCCUGUCGUAUUGCCCCAUCAGAGAGAGGGUCCCCAUCCGGCUGCUGCUUUUAAGCCCAAUGUACAAAGUACCUGUGGAAAUGUGGGUGUGCAAAGUAAUAAGAGAGGAGUUGAGGAAUCUAAAGCCUCAGGAAAAGCUAAUGGUAAGAAAAGGAAGCAGGUAGAUGAAUCGAGUGAAAGUAGCAGUGACUCUGAGGGAGAUUUCAAUAUUGAAGAGAAUGAUGAUGGCUUGGUGAAACAGGAUUUUGGGGUUUAUAGAGAGUACCCCAGGAGAUCUACUCGUUCUAGAGGGCAAGUAUCAUAUGAUGACAAUCUGAGUGACGAUGAAAACGACUUUGGUAGACCUUCAAAGAGUGUAAAGGGAAAUGGACCAGUUCGAGCUACUGAAGCGGUGUUGAAACAAGAGGCUCUCAAACCGAACAAGCCAGAUGUUGAGACAGAAAAUGGAGAAAUAGGGGCUAAUGUGGAGUCUUCAUUGAACUCAAGCCCUUCCGCGGCAAUAGAUCCAGAAAUUUACGAAUACCCUGAUCCUGAUUUUAGUGAUUUUGAUAGCCAUAGAGGACAAGAGUGUUUUGCAGUUGGCCAAACCUGGGCUGUUUAUGAUACAGUGGAUGGAAUGCCUAGAUUUUAUGCUCGAAUCCGGAAAGUAUCCUCACCUGGGUUCAAAGUGAACAUAACUUGGCUUGAGCCAGAGCCAGGCGAAGAGGAUGGAAUUAAAUGGGUUGAGGCAGGUUUGCCUGUUUCUUGUGGUAAGUUCAAGCAUGGAGCCUCUGACACCAUUGAAGAUCGUCCCAUGUUCUCACAUUUGGUCCACUGGGAAAAGGGCAGCAGAAGGGAUACUUACAAUAUAUAUCCGAGGAAGGGAGAAACGUGGGCCCUCUUCAAAAACUGGGAUAUGAAGUGGCACUCUGACCCAGUCAGUGGGAGGAAGUAUGAAUUCGAAUUUGUGGAAAUAUUGUUGGACUGGGGUGAGGGUAUUGGUGUUUCUGUUGCGUACUUGGGUAAGGUAAAAGGGUUUUCAUGUCUUUUCUGUCGAACAACGAAGGGGGAAGAAGGUAUCGACUCAUUUCAAAUACCACCAAAUCAACUAUUUAGAUUCUCUCACAGGGUUCCCUCAUUUCGAUUGACGGGUGAGGAAAGAAAAGAUGUUCCCAAGGGAUCUUUUGAACUGGAUCCCGCUUCUCUUCCUCUUAAUCUCCAAGAGAUUUCUGUUCCUGAAGAGUUGAAAGCCGUGUCUCCAAACAAGAAGACCCAGUUGGAUCCUGAGCACAUUAGUGCUGUUAAUUGCACUGAACAACAGGAUUCCGAACUUUAUGAAAUUCCUGAUCCAGAAUUUUACGAUUUUGAUACUGAUAAAUCCCCCGAAAAAUUUGAGGUUGGUCAGACUUGGGCAUUAUACAGUGAUGAGGAUGGCUUGCCGAAGUACUAUGGGCGAAUAACAAAAAUUGAUGCUAACCCAGAGUUUAAAGUGCAUGUAACUUGGCUUUCUAGCUUGCCACUGCCGAAGGACACUGUUAGGUGGUUUGAUAAAAACAUGCUCACUUGUUGUGGGAUGUUUAGGCUUCAAAAGGAUGGACACGGGGAGUAUACUGAAACGGGUCCCUUCUCUCAUAAGGUAAUAGCACAACGUAUGGAUAAGAAGGGUGUAUGUGCCAUUUUCCCUAGGAAAGGUGAGGUUUGGGCGCUAUACAGGAACUGGAAUGCUGCAAUUACACGUUCUGACUUAAAGAAGUGUGAAUAUGACAUGGUGCAAAUCCUGGAGGAAAAUGACUCAGAGUUCAAGCUUUUGGUACUUGAACCGGUAAGUGGUUACAAGUCCGUUUUCAAGGCUCAAACGAAAGAAGGAACAACUAUCAUUAGGGAGAUUCCUCGUUAUGGGCUGCUUAGAUUUUCCCAUCAAAUUCCUGCUUUCCGGCUGACAACAGAGAAAGGUGGUAGAUUGAGAGGGUACUGGGAGCUUGAUCCUGCAGCGUUGCCAAUCGCUUUGUUUCGUUCGAGUUGAUGCGGGAGAAUGAUGAAUCUGAUGCCUUUCCUAUGCUGGUUGUUUUGUAAAUAGGGACUGGAUGCAUCAACUGCUGCUUUACGAUUUGGGUGAUCCGGAUCGAUCAUUAUGGAUAUUAAUCCCCUCUGAUGAUUUUUGGUUCCUGGCUAGCUGCAUCAGACAUUGGAAAAAGUGUCCUUGCUGGUUUCAUCUUUCUCUCUCUAUCUCACUCUGAAUUUUGAAAUCUGUCUUGGUUAAUUAGGUUGUGUACCGAUUCGCGGUACGGUGUGAAACAAGUAUUGCUCUCUGAACUGUAGUUAUAACCUUUUGUGGUCUAGUCUGUCCACACAGAUACUAUUGGUUUGUCUUUGUUAAUCUUGAUGUUGUGUCCAUUGUUAGCUUUAAGCAACUUUAGUUACUUAUUGUUGUUUUACUUUGGACAGAUUAUUUAUGGCCUCAAAAGUCAUUCUUACAA